AUGUCUACCGGCAAAGAAGGCAAGGUUCAUAUGUCGAUCGUGAUCUGUGGUCACGUCGAUUCCGGCAAGUCUACUACUACUGGUCGUCUUCUUUUUGAGCUGGGAGGCAUUCCUGAACGUGAACUCGAGAAGCUCAAGCAAGAGGCGGAUCGUCUUGGUAAAUCGUCUUUCGCCUUCGCGUUCUACAUGGACCGACAGAAGGAGGAACGUGAGCGCGGUGUCACCAUCGCGUGUACCACAAAGGAGUUCUUCACUGAUUCGUGGCAUUACACUAUUAUCGAUGCUCCUGGCCAUAGAGAUUUCAUCAAGAAUAUGAUUACUGGUGCAUCCCAGGCAGAUGUUGCUCUUCUCAUGGUUCCUGCUGAUGGUAACUUUGGCACUGCUAUCGCCAAGGGCAAUCACAAGGCUGGUGAGAUCCAAGGUCAAACUCGUCAACAUGCCCGUCUUAUUAAUUUGUUGGGCGUCAAGCAACUAAUCGUCGGCGUGAACAAGAUGGACUGUGAUGUUGCCGGGUACAAGGAAUCUCGUUAUAUUGAGAUUCGCGACGAGAUGAAGAAUGUUCUUGGCAGAGUUGGUUGGAAGAAAGACUUCGUUGAGAAAUGUGUUCCCGUCAUUCCUAUUUCUGGUUGGAUGGGCGACAAUCUGAUCAAGAAGUCCGAGAAAAUGUCUUGGUGGAAGGGUGUGGAUGUCACUCGUGACCCCGCUUCUAAGGAGUCGUUCCAUAUCGAUACCCUCCUAGACGGUCUCGAGAAGUUCGCUACCGUUCCUAAGCGUGUGACUGAUGCACCAAUGAGAAUGCCCGUCUCUGGUAUCUACAAGAUCAAAGGUGUUGGAGAUGUGAUUACCGGCCGUGUUGAGCAAGGCAUCGUCAAGCCCAACGAGGAGGUUGUGUUCAUGCCUACUCACACGCCGUCUACUGCUUGUACUGGUAAGGUCUUUACUGUUGAGAUGCAUCACACCCGUCAGGAGCAGGCUCUUCCGGGUGACAACGUUGGUCUGAACGUUAAGGGUUUGCCGAAAGAGAAUAUGCCUCGUUCUGGAGAUGUUAUGGUCUACAAGAAAGAUACCACUCUUAAACAUGUGCAAUCUUUCACUGCUCAGGUCCAAGUUUUGGACGUCCCAGGCGAGAUUAAGGUUGGUUAUUCUCCUAUCGCUUUCGUGCGUACUGGCCGGUCUGCUUGUCGUUUGGCUGGCAUUAAAUGGAAGGUUGGCAAGGAGACUGGUGGCAAGAAAAUGGAGGACCCUCAUGCUCUCAAGUCUAACGAAAUGGCUGAAGUCGUAUUCGAACCUAUUCAGCCUCUUGUUGUCGACUCCUUCAAGAACUGUGAGGGUUUGUCGCGUGUUGCUCUGAUGGAGGGUAACGGGGUGGUCAUGCUUGGCAAGUGUGUCUCCACCGUGGCGAAAGACGUGAAGUAG